CGGCAUGGGGGAACGUGGACUCCCAUCACUCCAUGGUCAUCCCUGUCCCUGGAGAUGGCUGUGUGCACAGGAAGAGCCACCCAGGCCUGACAGGCUCCUAUCACCCGGCAGGCCUGUCACCCAGAGGUCCUGCUGUGAAGGAAGAGGCCUCCUAGCAGGUCACUUGUCACUUCUGCCGGCUCCUUCUCCACCCUGGGCUCUGAACACCUGCAGGAGUGGCCAGCAAAGCCCACCUUCAGGUGUCCACUGGCCUCCUGUGCCCCUCCUGGCUGCCCACGGCUACCAUGCCGUUCCCUGCUCCUGGGCAGUGUGCACAAAGGAGAGAAAAGGUGGCAUCCUGGGUGCAAGCAAGAGGAAGAGAAGAGCCAGCAGGAGCAGAAUACACAAGCAGGACCCCACGCAGACUGCCUGCAGAACCCCAGGCAGAGCCCCGUGGCAGGCGGGCAGCUGGGCGCCUGGAGCAGCCUUUCCCCGCAGAGCCUAGCUCGAGUGCCAGUGGGCAGCAUACUGGGGAGUGGGCAGGCGCCUGGGAGCCGCAGGAGAGACUGACACCCAGACUGCUUUCCCGAGGAGAACGAGGUCAAGAAGCCACAGGUGGAAACAGCCAGGUGGCUGCAGAGCGACAGGAAGGAGUAUGGAAAGUGCCUGAAGACUGUGGUUCUCAGUGGGCUGCUUCUGCCCCCAGGGACACUGGGCAGUGUCUGUCCUGACUGGGGGAGUUGCUACGGGUACCCAGUGGGCGGAAGCCAGGUGCUGCUCAGCACCCUGAGUGCCUAGGAUUGACAUCCACAAGCAAGAACCGCCCAGCCCCCAAAGCCAAGAGCGCUGAGGUCCAGAAGCCCUACGUCUAGCGCCAGGGUGACUUGAGAGGGACUUUGUGUCGCUGGUCACCAUUCUACUUUGGUCCACUUUGCAGCUGCUGCUGGUCCUCCCUGACUUGUGAACUGAGUGGGGUGGGCAGAAUGUGCAAGUCCGACUGGGAUCUGUGUGAUCGUUCAUUCACAGGAAUCCGUCAGUUAACUCACUGUGCCUCUGACAAGCAGAUUCUAGAAAUUUCUAAAGCACGGCGCUAAACUCCUGCUGUAGUUUUGAGCUCUUUGCCAAAGUGGGGACGGUGUCUGCGGCCUGGGGACAGAUACAGGUGGUGUGAAAGCAGAGGCUCCAGGGCCUCACAGCACUUGUGUGUCCCUCUGUUCAAGAAGUGACGGGACAGGCCAGCAGCCAAAGACCCAGUUCAAGGCAGGCUCUGCCACCUCCUGGCUGGUGGCCUUCAGUCGGUGGCCGAACUUUCUGAGCCUCGGACUGUGUCCUCAUUUCUGGAGUGGGGGUGACCGUUUGGGGGGAUUCCGUUCCCUCAGGGCAUGAUGGGGUUGCUGUGCUCAGCAUGGCCGCUGCUACGGCUGCUGCCUUGGGCUGUGCCUGUCUUCCCGCCCAACCUGUCAUUUCUCAAGCACCCGCUGGAUCCAGGCUCAGGACAGUCCCAGCAGACCGGGUUCCACGUCCUCCUCUCCCUUCUCAGGCCUGUGCCUCAGUCACGUCUGUGUGCUGGUGCUGGACUUGAACUUGAAGUUCGCCUCAUCCUUCGCCCUUCAGCCCUGUAAGCCUGGCACUGCCCUGACACCCACAGCUGUGUAUGUGGUGGGGGGGAGCCUUCCCUGCUGGAGCCCACUCCCCAGCGGGAGCCAGAGCCUGUGGCGAGGCCGGAGCUAGCGAGGGAGGCCCGCACUCCCCAGGCAGGGCUCAGACUGGCUCGGGUGGACCAUCGCCAGGCAGCCCGCCAUGGGUGCACUGGACCACCGUUGCCCAGAGCCCCCACACACCUGGGAGCCCACCUUGGGGCAUCGACUAGGCAGCCUGUGAUGCAGAACGCCCGUGCACCCUGGGAGCCCGUGGGGACUGGUCAGGUUCGAGCCAGGCGCAGUGAAGAGACACGUUGUCUUUUGAAUCACCCUGAAUGGAAGGAAAACGGGCCCGAGAGGGCAGAGGCUGCGCGUCCAGAGGGUGCUGGUCCAGGCGGCGGGCUCUGCUCCCAAAGGGACCCCGAUGCAGCCCAUCUCCCUCCCCAGAGUGCAGCAAGUGCCACAGCAGGUCCAGCCUGCGCAGCACGUGUACCCCGCGCAGGUGCAGUACGUGGAAGGGGGAGACGCCGUCUACGCAAACGGAGCCAUACGGACAGCCUACGCCUACAACCCGGAGCCUCAGAUGUACGCCCCCAGCAGUGCCGCUUCUUACUUCGAGGCCCCGGGUGGUGCCCAGGUGACGGUGGCAGCCUCGUCCCCACCAGCAGUCCCCUCCCACAGCAUGGUGGGCAUCACCAUGGAUGUUGGGGGGAGCCCCCUUGUGUCCAGCGCGGGAGCCUACCUCAUCCACGGGGGAAUGGACGGCGCGAGACACUCCCUGGCCCACACUGCCCGGUCCUCACCAGCCACGCUUGAAAUGGCGAUUGAAAACCUCCAAAAAAGCGAAGGAAUCACACCACACAAAAGCGGCUUGCUCAACAGCCAUCUCCAGUGGCUGCUGGACAAUUACGAAACCGCCGAGGGCGUGAGCCUGCCCAGAAGCUCCCUGUACAGCCACUACCUCCGGCACUGCCAGGAGCACAAGCUGGACCCGGUGAACGCCGCGUCCUUCGGGAAGCUGAUCCGCUCCGUGUUCAUGGGCCUGCGCACCCGGCGGCUGGGGACCAGGGGCAACUCCAAGUACCACUACUACGGCAUCCGCCUGAAGCCAGACUCCCCACUGAACCGGCUGCAGGAGGACACGCAGUACAUGGCCAUGCGGCAGCAGCCCCUGCACCAGAAGCCCAGGUACCGACCAGCCCAGAAGACGGACAGCCUUGGGGAUAGCAGCUCCCACAGCAGCCUGCACAGCACGCCCGAGCAGGCCAUGGCGGCACAGAGCCAGCACCACCAGCAGUACAUAGAUGUCUCCCACGUCUUCCCGGAGUUCCCGGCCCCCGACCUGGGCAGCGUGCUGCUGCAGGAGAGCGUCACACUGCAUGACAUCAAGGCCCUGCAGCUGGUGUACAGACGGCACUGUGAGGCGACCCUGGACGUUGUCACCAACCUGCAGUUCCACUACAUCGAGAAGCUGUGGCUUUCCUUCUGGAACGCAAAAGCCUGCUCCAGCGAGGGCCCCGCCUCCCUGCCCACCAGUGACGAACAGCCAGAAGGCGCCGUCCUCCCCAAGGACAAGCUCAUCUCCCUGUGUAAACAUGACCCUGUCCUCAAGUGGAUGAGGAGUUGCGACCACAUCCUGUACCAGGCGCUGGUGGAGAUCCUCAUCCCCGACGUGCUGAGGCCGGUCCCCAGUACCUUGACACAGGCGAUUCGUAAUUUUGCCAAGAGCUUAGAAGGCUGGUUGACAAAUGCCAUGAGUGACUUCCCGCAGCAGGUCAUCCAGACCAAGGUGGGUGUUGUCAGUGCCUUUGCCCAAACUCUGCGGAGAUACACAUCCCUCAACCACCUGGCCCAGGCAGCCCGGGCCGUGCUGCAGAACACGUCCCAAAUCAACCAGAUGCUCAGCGACCUCAACCGCGUGGACUUCGCCAACGUGCAGGAGCAGGCCUCGUGGGUGUGCCAGUGUGAGGAGAGCGUGGUGCAGCGGCUGGAGCAGGAUUUCAAGCUGACCCUACAGCAGCAGAGCUCGCUGGACCAGUGGGCCAGCUGGCUGGACAACGUGGUGACCCAGGUGCUCAAGCAGCACGCCGGCAGCCCCAGCUUCCCCAAGGCCGCCCGGCAGUUCCUGCUCAAGUGGUCUUUCUACAGCUCCAUGGUGAUCCGCGACCUGACCCUGCGCAGCGCCGCCAGCUUUGGCUCCUUCCACCUCAUCCGCCUGCUCUACGACGAGUACAUGUUCUACCUGGUGGAGCACCGCGUCGCCGAGGCCACCGGAGAGACGCCCAUUGCUGUUAUGGGAGAGUUCAACGACCUCGCCUCCCUGUCGCUGACGCUGCUGGACAAAGAUGACAUUGGUGACGAGCGGGGCCCUGAGGCCGAAGCCGACGCCCACAGCCUGGGUGAGCCCCUGGUGAAGCGAGAGCGCAGCGACCCCAGCCACUCCCUGCAGGGCAUCUAGCACCUUCCGCAGGCGCCUUCCUCAGGCCCCGGAGGCCGCCAGCCACUCUGGGAACGGCGUGCUUGGCCGCACCACUAGUGCCUCUUAGAUGAAGCGAGCUUACUCUGACCGAGGCCCAGGGUGGCGCCCCACCCGGGGCCAGAGACUGCGAAGCUGCCCAGCCCUCAGCGCCUCCACCGUCUCAGCCCUCCCGCACUGGAGGGCCGGCGCCCCUUGGUCCCCACGCGGUUUCCUCCUCCAUUCAGCUGGUGCCAGUUUUGACCACGAUUUUAAAAAGAAAAAAAGGAAGAAACCCGGCAAAGCCCAGAGGGGAGGGUCCUGUGCUGGUGGCAGGCACAGAGCUCCAGGCUCCUUGGCCCCUCGGAACAGAAGUAGUGGCCCUCACCAGGCGCCUAUUGGUGCAAGGGACCCCUCAGCACACGCCUGGUGGCAUUGUGUGGACAGGCCAUCCUGGGCCUCCUGCCCUGGCCUGCUGCGCUGAGGCAGGAGGCAGCCAGCCCCCGGAGUCCCGUUUCUUGACGCCAGAGGCCACCUGGCCUCGGCUGCCAGUCACCAUGCCCCUGGAUGGAUCAGCUCUGCAACUAAAAAAGCAAGGCCCGGAAGCCACCCACUCGUGUCUCUAAACAAGCCAAAAGAAGCUUGAUCCACCACAGCAAGGAUGUGGGGCUCUGUCGGAGUCCACUCGACACUGAACCAAACCCCUGGCUCAGGAGCAGGUUUUUCAAGGGGGCUGCAGGGUCGCUGUCACCACAGCCUCCCAGGGCUGCCGUGCGCUGGAUCCAGAGCCCUCCCUCUCAGCAGCUCUGGAGCACCCCAGCGCCAGGCAGGUCCCGUCCUGGCCUCUUUCCUGGGGACAAAGGAAAACCAUGGCCUUGCACAGCCCUGAACUUGAGACGCUGGGAUCUAAGUGCCUGGAAACCCGUGGCCACCGGCUUCGCCAGCCUAGCGCCAGUUCCCUCCCGAAGCCAACGGCAGGCCAAAUCUCUGUCUAGGAAGCACCGCCAAUGAAAUGCAAUAGUUUCUCUUUUUGGAAAAAUGUUUAUAUCAAUAGUUUUGUGCUCUAAUUAAUUGUUCUUAGAAGGUUUCUUAUGAACGUGUAUUGCUGUAUAUUCAGUCCCAAAUAUUUUGUUCUCAUUCACGCAGAAGGUACUAAUGUAAACUCACGUGGCCUUUAAACCUCACCUCAUGGCUAGCAGGAGCGGGGGCGCGGGGAGCAGAGGGGCAGGAGAGGGAACAAGACCUCGGUAGUCACGAUGGUGUCUGACCUCACGGUCCAGACUUCGCUGAAACCGGACAGGAAGAAUGUCUCAAGUGUCCGUCUCCUCUUGUGGGAGACUGAUGCUCGGUGACUGGACUUACUGACCCCACGGUCCUUCCCCUGUGGAAACCAAUACAGACUGGGUUUCUGCCUUA